CCCUCCCUGAUUCCCCAGAGACUCGUGGAGACAGAUGGACCUGAAGGUCUGGUUCCCACGGUGGACCUCUGAGCAAAGGUCACGUGACCCGCCUGGCUGUUCAGGUAAAGAACCGAACCAUGAAACCCAAACAUGGAGGAAACCGCAGCACCACUUUGAUCUGGAUGAUCACCUGUCAGUCACCUGAUGCUGACCGGAAGUACACCUGUUGGCGCUGCUAGCAGCAGCAGCUAAAGCUAAUCAGCAGCUGUUAUCUCUGCUAGCAGCAGCUAAAGCUAAUCAGAAGCUCUUUGGAAAAACGCCCGUUUAAAGCUUCAUGGUUCCAUUAACAACAAAGCUGCCGAUCUAAAACCCCGCGAGACAAUUGCUCAGUAAUAUUUAAGAUAAGAGCUGGAUAGAAAUCAAACCAACGCCGAAUGGACCAGAACCUGCCUCCCGGUCCGGUUCUUGUCCGGUUACUCCUAGAACACCUGUUAGUUUCCAGUUUUAAUGAAAAGUUUGUAAGGUGACUAAUUGUGGACGGAGUCUGGCCCAGCUGCUGAACACGGAAAUACAACAGCCAGUUUGGACCGGGUACCUUUGACGUCGUGGGCCAGCGCCCUCCACGUGCUGGAGUACUGGAUGCAGUGACCGCACCAGGAGGAGUAGAACUGGAGCAGCCAGGCCGAGGACGAGUUGGUAACGGUGGGCUUCAGGCUGUCGCUGCUCAGGAUCACCAGCGGAUCCUCCUCCGAGUACAGCCGCCCGGAGGCGCCCAGAGAGCCGCGGCAGAGCCAGAGGAAGCCCGCCGCCUGGAGCCACAGCCGGAACAUCUGCGGUGUUCUCCGGCUGUCAGAGAUCCACAAAGGUUCUGCCCGAAACCAGACGCCUGAUCGGGGGAGACAUGAACGCAGCGUCACGAGCUGCUGGAGAUUCAGAGAGGAGAACGGAGAACAGAGGUGUCACUCUGACCAAUUUCCUGCAGAGAUGGAGGAGGAGGAGGCUGAUCCUGGGGGUCAAAGAACUUUUUCUACGUGCUGGCAUGUCUGACGUCAGAGGAAGUAUGACAUCACCGCGGCUGGGCGUGGUCAGAAAAUCGAUGCUGAUGGACCCUCUGCUGAUAAAGGCGCCUCUGGGAAGGGCCCGGUCCAGGGGUUUAGCUCUUCCUGGUCCAGAUUUUACCUACGGAAUCAGAAGCUCAAUCAACGAUGGAGGCGUGGCUGAAGCCAUAUCCAGCUGGAAGGUUCAUACCAGGCGGGAAGAGUCCACCCAGAAGCGAGACUUUGUGUCUUUGAACCGGGAUGCCGUCAAGUCGGGACUGGUGAAGUCCAAGAGGCUGAGCCAGAACCGGGUUCAACAGACCCAGACCCACACAGCAAGGCAGCAACACAGCAGAACCUUUCAGCACCAGCCAGUGGUACCGGACACCAGGUUUGGAGUCAAAACCAGGCCGUCCACGCCGCUGGCCGACAUCCUGUCCAAUCAGUACGCCCACCGCUGGAUGGAAAAACAGCUGGAGAGGAAUCAAACCAGCAACCACAGACCCACGAAUAAAGCGGGUAAAUUUGCAGAAACCAAAAGCAGCCUGCUAAGGAGGAACAGACCUCUGCCCGUCUCACAGACACCUUUCAAGCUGCCGCAGUUCUCACAGGUCCCUCCAGCUCUGGACACCUUCAGGGACCCAGGGGCCCGGCCUCGGGCCCUCAAAGCUCCUCAGCAGCCACAGACCCAGAGAGGAGGUCCUGAUCAUGGGACAAACAGUCUGGACUGAUCCGGAUCAGAACCGGACAUGUUAACACCCCUCCUAAUAAAGCAGAGAUGUUUUCAUCA